GUUCACGAACACCACCACAUGUCCUCCCCAACUCCGCAAGAUGAUGCGCUGCUCGCCCGCCUAAACGCGCUCAAAAAAUCAAGUGUCAGCUUCUCCAACGCAUCCCUACUCGGUAGCCCAUCAACCGCCUCGACAUCACCGCCACCAUCUGCACAUCACACCAACGACCUUGCAGCACGCUUUGCUCGGCUCGGUUCCGCAUCACCCUCGAGCUCGCCCAAACCCUCACGAACCCAUUCAUCCACUGAUGCCGGUGCUCCUAUUGCAGCGCCCGGUGCGCCGAGCUAUCUUGAAGGCAUAGCGGAAGGGGUCGGUGGUGGUGGCGGCGGCGGCGGAUUGGAACCCUACAAUGAAGAGAGUGAAAAGAGUCUGGAAGAAUUAAUAGCAGACCUUGGACCGAAAGAACAGUGGGAAUUGAGCCAAGCGGAGAUCAGGGAUGUGAGGACACUGGCAAAAGAGAUCAGGCAAGCGCUGCCAAGUUUGCAAGAGGAACAUCGAAACCAGGGAUCACCACGGCACGGCGGUCCAGCGCACAAGGCGGAUGACUUGACCGACUGGGAGAACGUGGAAGUCGAUGUUGGGAGGGGAGGUGUGCGAGUAGGCAAGGCAGAAAGCGAUGAGGAUGAUGACGAGGAUGACGAAGAGGGGCAUGAUGGGAACAGGAAGAAAAAGACGGACGAGGAAGAGGCAGAUGAUCUCAUCGCGAGAGUCAUGGCUGAGCUCGAAAUCAGCAGAAAACACGAUCCACCUUCCCCAGAACCAGACGACGACGACGAUGAUCCUGGCUCCAACAACGGCGACGACAAAAGCCACAACAACUCCAGCAAUACUGAACAGACCCCAGGAAACCCCCCGCAGCGACAAGAUCAAACUAAAGCCUCGGAACCGCAAACUACCCACGACCUAACCCUCCCAUCAGCACCCUCGUCGAUCCCGCAACACACUCCCCCCUCCCCCCACGAAGACGCAAAUACCGCCGUCGACACCGCCCUCGCCGCGCGCCUCGCAGCUCUCUCCGCAUCCGCAACCUCAUCUCCUCCCUUCUCCCUCCCCACAGCGCCCUCCUUCCACCCAACCCAAAACCCAACCACCAUCAGCACCAGUCUCCUCGUCGGCAAAGAAGCCCAAGACGACGAGGAAUCGUGGUGCGUCAUCUGCUCCGACGACGCGACGCUGAGGUGUCGCGGGUGCGAGGGCGACUUGUACUGUCAGCGGUGCUGGAUGGAAGGGCAUCUUGGGGAGGGUGCUGGCGCGGAGUUGAGGAGACAUCGCGCUGUGAUUUUUGAGCGGAAAGGUGGGGAGGGCAAGGGGAAGAAGAUUGUUGCGUAG